UUUUAACCAGAGCUAAGCUGUUGCUACAGUGUACACACCUGGCCCUAUAUCUGGUGAGCAAAAUGCAAACAUAAAAAAAGGCAGGUAGAGUUUGCUGCGACUUCUCAGCCAGCCGAUAAGAUCCGGCUCCUGAAUGCUGUUGGAAAACAAGCCUAAAGAAGACUUCAUAGAAAUGGUGUGUAGUUGGACCAAGAAGCCUGUGGCCAAAAACCGUCAACCAUGUAAUACCAUGUGAGCCCAGUUCCAACAGAUGCAGAGCACCAUGGUUCAGCGCAGCAGCAGUUCUAUCUCUCACAGUGUUCCAGUAGUGGCAGUGUGCAUUGCUGCUUUACUCCUCAGCAAUGCAUUGAUUUACCUGUACCUGGACUCUGUGUAUCAGACUGAUGGGCAGCUGGUGUCCCCUCAGACGGGCUGUGCAUCUCAACACUUUAAAAUGGUGCCCAUGAAGAACUGCACCCCAUGGCUCCAGUGUUCACAGAUAAAUGCUGAAGUACGCAAACUGAAGCUGAUUGGCCAGGGAGUGGUUAAGAAGGUCUAUUUGGCAGAGUGGAGAGGUCAGAAGGUGGCUCUUUCCAAACUGACCUCUCUAGAUUACCUGGAGGAUUUUCUCCAUGGAUUAUCCAUGUUAAAGGCCCUACAGGGCUCCCGGGUUGUGCAGUUGGUGGGGUUUUGCCUUGAAGACCACAUCUUUGUUACAGAGCACCACCCACUUGGCUCACUGCUUAACUUGGAUUCAGUUCUUGCACAAAAGCAGCACCAGAAACAUGACACAUGGCAGAGAAGGCUGAGGCUUGCUACAGAUUAUGUCUCCCUCCUCCAUUACCUCCAUAACAGCCCAGCUGGAAGACGAGUUAUGUGUGAUUCAAACAGCCUGGAGAAAACCCUCUCCCAGUUUCUGCUGACAAAUGACUUUCAUCUGGUAGUCAACGACUUGGACGCACUGCCUGAGGUGGACCCGUUCAAAGGCCUGUUGGUAAAAUGUGGCCACAGGGAGCUAACUGGAGACUUUGUGGCCCCAGAGCAGUUGUGGCCGUUUAGAAACAAUGGGAAGCCAUUUUCAGACGAUCUCAUGCCUGGUUAUGAUGAGAAGACAGAUAUCUGGAAGAUCCCAGACGUGACAUUGUUCCUGAUGGGAAGGGUGCAUGGAGGGGAUUUAGUCCACUUCCAUCUUUUUCAGAUCCACAAGGAAUGCAAGAAUGAAGACCCCAAGCUCCGCCCUUCAGCUUUAGAUGUUUUGAAUGUGUAUAAGUCAGUCUACAGCAGCAUUCAGAGAGACAGUUAUGGCUCUAGAGAUAUGCUGUAGAAUAAUGAGUUACAAAGACCAUAAAUCUACAAUAAAAAAAUGGAAGGUACAGUCUUGUAAUGCUGUGCAGUACAAUAAAUACCACUAGAUUUGUGUGUUUACUUUUUACAA